ACUGAGAAGACUUCGACUUGAUGAGAAGAAGUUAGACGAUACUCAUUUGAACCGACUUAGACUGAGAAGAAUUCGACUUGAUGAGAAGAAGUUAGACGAUUCUCAUUUGAACCGACUUAGACUGAGAAGACUUCGACUUGAUGAGAAGAAGUUAGACGAUACUCAUUUGAACCGACUUAGACUGAGAAGAAUUCGACUUGAUGAGAAGAAGUUAGACGAUACUCAUUUGAACCGACUUAGACUGAGAAGACUUCGACUUGAUGAGAAGAAGUUAGACGAUCCUCAUUUGAACCGACUUAGACUGAGAAGACUUCGACUUGAUGAGAAGAAGUUAGACGAUACUCAUUUGAACCGACUUAGACUGAGAAGAAUUCUACUUGUUGAGAAGAAUUUAGACAAAACUCAUUUGAACCGACUUAAACUGAGAAGACUUCGACUUGAUGUGAAGAAGUUAGACGAUACUCAUUUGAACCGACUUAGACUGAGAAGACUUCGACUUGAUGAGAAGAAGUUAGACGAUACUCAUUUGAACCGACUUAGACUGAGAAGACUUCGACUUGAUGAGAAGAAGUUAGACGAUACUCAUUUGAACCGACUUAGACUGAGAAGACUUCGACUUGAUGAGAAGAAGUUAGACGAUACUCAUUUGAACCGACUUAGACUGAGAAGACUUCGACUUGAUGAGAAGAAGUUAGACGAUACUCAUUUGAACCGACUUAGACUGAGAAGACUUCGACUUGAUGAGAAGAAGUUAGACGAUACUCAUUUGAACCGACUUAGACUGAGAAGACUUCGACUUGAUGAGAAGAAGUUAGACGAUACUCAUUUGAACCGACUU